AUGCCUGCUCCCCCCGAGAACCCCGAGACAGGUGUUGACACAUCCUUGUAUCUCCACGCCGAACUCCUCCCAAACAUCCGUCACAUCACACUGUACAUCUCAAUACCGGCCAAUCUAGGUAGCCAGAACAUCCAGCCGCUGAUAACCCUCUCAGAAUCCCGUCAGUCUGUCUCGGUAUCCCUACCGAAACCCUUUGACCAUGUAACGGAUACCAUCAAGCUGCCCGCGCGGGUUAAUGAAGCCUCGCGGCGCAUUCUAGCCACCGGUAGACAGGGCGCUGCGACUACCGCAGAUAGCAGACGACGCGAAUUCUCGUUCCGAAUGCAGAUUGAUGAGUCGGAUGAUUCGCUUUCGCGCCAGGAUGCGCUCAUCGAUGAUUUCGUGCCCUGGACUGCUGCGGAUAUGUCUCCGUCGACGAAACUGCGUUGUCGGGGGUGUGAGAAUAUCGUUCUGGAUACGCCUCGGUGCGCCGACGGGUCUGAGAAUACUGGUCCAGUAGGCUGGACGUGGAAGGACCUGCCGAGCGGGAACUGGGCCGAAAUGAUGGACUUCUGGCACUGUCAUAAACCGGACCCUCCCGAAGGCCACGGCCAUGGGGAAGACCCCAAUGCUCAUACGAAGGGGUACGGAGCGGCGAAUCAGGUGGUGGCGACGGCCGGGACGGUGCUCGUGGAUGUGGCGACGUUUCUGGUCUCGGAGGCGGAUUGCAGGGGAUUAAAGAAGGUACAACCUUCACCUGAAGAGUCCGCCCAAAAGAAAGAAAUAUCCUUGAACUGCGCAAAAUGCAAUGCCACAAUAGGUAUUGAAGACGCCGUAGCGCAGGGCUGGCGACUCUUUAAAACAAGCCUAUCCGCCAGUAUCCAUGACCCAACAACAUUGGAAACCCACCCCAUCGAAACCAUUGUCGCGGCUCAACUCCUCGAGCUCAUCGAGCGGGAAAGCGCCCGUCGCUUCGUCAUCCACUGUAGCAGGCCAAAUGGUCUCCUACUAUGGGUCUUCAACCCCGACUUUCGCUACUCCAGCUCCAGCGCAGAAUAUACUGUCUCCUCUCAGCGGGCGAUGAAGGUCCUCUUCCAGGAGGCCGGGGACGUAGACAGCAUUCUGAACCCUGAUCGGGGUUCGUCGCUUUCGCUGGAGGAGGUGAGGCUUCCGGAGUAUGUGUACGAGGCUGUUGAACGGGAUCUGAAGGCCAGGAAUGAGAUGCUGCCGGCUUCUGCGAGGGAGUUUCGGGAGUGGAGGGUUGGGGCUUUGCAUCGGUUUGAGAGACUCACUCACAUCCAACCAACCAACCUCAUCAUGCCAUCCAGCAAUAACAAUAACAACACCCCCAGACCCUGGGGAAGCCAAUGUGCCUGUGUUAGUCUAGACAGCACCGGCCAGAGAAACUUCAUCCAAGGCUUCGCAUUCAUGGAAAGUGACGACGAGGAGGGUCUCGCCUGGCAGCAUGUCGAGGAUAUAUCUAUCUUGGCGCCUGAGGAGGAGUAUUUUUCGACCGGGGCUAUGGGCCGGAAUCGUGAGAAUGGUUUUAAGAAUGGUAGCUCUGCCUCUGGCUCUGCUGAGGCGAGCGGUUCGAAGAAGGGGUCCUUUGGGUCUGCGAAGGGGAGUGGUUCUAAGAAGGGUUUCUUUGGCUUUGGUGCGAAGGGUAAGGGUGAGGAUCCUACCGGGAAGAAAUGA